AUGCAGAUGUGUUUCGUUCCAAGUGUUGGAACAAUCUUUGAUUCAAAGGAUGAAGCCUACGAUUUCUACAACAUGUUCUCUUGGGAGUGUGGUUUUGGUAUUCGCUAUGGAAAGAGUAGCACUAAUAACAAAAAUUACAGAACAAUGCAGGACAUCGUUUGCCAGUGUGCGGGCAAAGAAGAAAGGCCCAACACAACAACAUGCCGCACUGGUUGUGAAGCUCGUAUAAGACUACAUCGAACUGACGACCAUGGAUGGUAUGUGACCGUUUUCAUUAACAAGCACAAUCACCCACUAUCUGUGAAGUGUGGCGAGAAAAAACAGUGGAAAUCACAUAGCGUUAUAAGUCCUUUAGCAAAGGAUUUUAUUCGUAACCUCAGGGAGAACAACAUCAGGUUUGACCAGAUAUACAACAUAUUAGGGUCAGGUCUUGGCUCUUCUCUAGGCGUGCCUUUUAGGAAGCAGACAUUGAGAACUCUGUGUGCAACCAUAGCUCAUGAUUCCAUCGCUGAUGAUAUGGCCAAAACCACUAGUAUACUUCAGGAUAUGAGUGCCACAGAUCCGGACUUCAAAGUUUGUGUGCAAGUAGACGGUGAAAGCAGGGUGAAAACAGUAAUAUGGUGUAAUGGUAAAAAUCGGCUGGAUUAUGCACAUUUCGGUGAUGUGGUUACUUUCGACACCACUUACAGGACCAACCUGUAUAACAUGCCAUUUGGGCUUUUUGUUGGUGUGAAUAACCAUUUCCAGUCUAUUAUUUUUGGCGGCGUCCUCAUGGUUGAUGAAAAGACUCCCACAUUUGAAUGGGCAUUCAGAAACUUUAUUGACUUGAUGGACGGGAAACAUCCUACUACUAUAUUGACAGAUCAAUGCAAAGCUAUGCAAAAUGCUUUACGAAGUACAAUGCCCCACACCCGUCAUAGGUGGUGCAGAUGGCAUGUGUUAAAGGUCUUGAAAGAGAAAAUUGGACACGUGUACAACAAACAUUCUGCCUUCAAGAAGGAAUUCCACGCGAUAGUAAAUGAAGAGACGGAUGUAGAAUCAUUUGAGCGAAAGUGGCAUCAAUUGAUUAAAAAAUACAAACUUCAAGGAAACAAGUACCUUCGCAGGAUUUUCAAGUGGAGGGACAUGUGGGCAAUGCCAUACUUCAUGGGCACAUUCUGUGCCGGGAUGACCAGCACGCAACGGAGCGAGAGUGCGAAUCAUCUCCUCAAAAAGUUCAUCAGCAGAUCAUCCCCAAUGCACUUGUUUGUUAAGCAGUACAACAAAUUGCUUGAUUCCAGGAGCCAGGCAGAAGACGAGGCAAAUUAUGUCAGCAAGCAGACACGCAGGCGGCUUGUAAUUGGCGCUACUAUCGAGAUAGAUGCAGCGGCUGUGUACACGAAGGCCUUGUACAAAAAAUUUUCACACGAACUUUUUAGAUCAGGCUCAUUUGAUGCACGCCGUUCCAAGCCUGGACACGUCUACAAGGUCAAAUUGUCGCCGCAACUAGCCUUAACUGAUUAUGACAAAAAGGUAUUCACCGUCAAAGUGGAAGACGGUGGGGACUUUGUCACAUGUGAUUGUGGAUUUUUUGAUCAUGUCGGCCUGUUGUGCUGCCAUUCAUUAAAGGUAUUAGUUCAGAACAAUAUUGGCAAGAUUCCACCAAGGAAUAUAGUCAAAAGAUGGACUUUAUGGGCAAGGGAAUCGAGACCACUGCACCUGGCAAACGAGGGUGAAAUGGGGGAGCUGUCUUCCCAAACUACGUAUAGAAGAAAUGUUCUAUAUGUGGCUGCUAUGGACCUUAUCAAGGAGGCAGAAUCCGGGUCUGAGUCAUUCCAAACGGCGUUCGCAGCUAUAUGUGAGGCAAAAGAAAAAAUUGCAAGUAAGAAGGCUUCAGAUAUGCUUAUUGAUACUAUCGCCGAACAAGCAAAUCCUGUCCGGCAUACCAUAACUGAUGUUGGGUCAGAAACCCAUCUGCUUCCUCCACAACGUGUGCUGUCUAAAGGACGACCUAGCUCCCUUCGCCCAAAGAGUCGUAUGAAUUACAUUGUGGCUAAGAAAGCUAGAAAACACUACAAGGACGGCCCAUGCCAUGCUCAUGAAGAUACUGCCGGUCCAAUGCCACCCCCUCCAUCCAAAAAAAGGAUUGUGAAGUGUAGCCUAUGCAAGAUUCCGGGGCACACAAAGGGUAAUUGCACUGCUAGGGGAGUCUGA